GGGGACCAGGGGGCGGGUCGCGCGGUACUGAGAAAAGCGCCGGCCCGUGGGCCCGCAGCCGGGCCGCCUGGGUGAGCGUGCCGAGGCGGCGGCGGCGCAGGCUUCCAGCCCCCACCAUGCCGCGGCCUCUGCUGCUGCCUCCACUGCUAUUGCUGGCCGUGUGCGGGGUCCAGACGACCCGGCCAUGUUUCCCGGGAUGCCAGUGUGAGGAGGAGACCUUCGGCCUCUUUGAUAGCUUCAGCCUGACACGAGUGGAUUGCAGCGACCUGGGUCCUCACAUCGUGCCCGUGCCCAUCCCUCUGGACACAGCCCACCUGGACCUGUCCUCAAACCGACUGGAGACCGUGAAUGAGUCAGUGUUGGCAGGGCCGGGCUAUACCACGCUGGCUGGCCUCGAUCUCAGCCACAACCUGCUCACCAGCAUCUCGCCCACUGCCUUUUCCCGCCUUCGCUACCUGGAGUCCCUUGACCUCAGCCACAAUGGCCUGGCAGCCCUGCCAGCCGAGAGCUUCGCCAGCUCACCUCUGAGUGACGUGAACCUCAGCCACAACCGGCUCCAGGAGGUCCCAGUGUCUGCCUUCACUACUCACAGCCAGGGCAGGGCACUGCACGUGGACCUCUCCCACAACCUCAUCCACCGCCUCGUGCCCCACCCUGCAAGGGCCGGCCUGCUCAUGCCCACCAUUCAGAGCCUGAACCUGGCCUGGAAUCGGCUCCGCACCGUUCCUGACCUCCGGGACUUGCCUCUGCGCUACCUGAGCCUGGAUGGGAACCCUCUGGCUGCCAUCGGCCCAGGUGCCUUCACAGGGCUGGUGGGCCUGACACACCUGUCGCUGGGCAGCCUGCAGGGUCUCCCCCAACUGGAGCCCUAUGGUUUCCGUGAGCUGCAGAGCCUGCAGGUCCUGGACCUGUCAGGCAACCCCAAGCUCAAGUGGGCAGGAGCGGAAGUGUUCUCAGGCCUGAGCUCCCUGCAGGAGCUGGACCUGUCGGGCACAGGCCUGGUGCCCCUGCCUGAGACCUUGCUCCCCCACCUCCCAGCACUGCAGAGUGUCAAUGUGGGCCAGGGUGUGUGGUGCCGGCGCCUGGUACGGGAAGGUGCCUACCCCCGGCAGCCUAACUCCACCCCCAAGGUGGCCCUGCACUGCAUAGACACCCAGGAACAGGCUGCCAGGGACCCCCAUACCUUGUGACAAAUGGUAUGGCCUGGGGCCACAUAACAGACUGCUGCCCUGGGCUGACUCAAGUCCUGGGUAAUUUAUAUUUUAAUGUGCCAAUGCCCAUAGGAACUCUGCAGACCUAUGUGGCAACAUCACCAAAAGACAGCUGUGGACCUGGGAAGAGGCUUUGGACCUGGGACCAACACCCAGGAGCAAAGUCUUGUCCCUUUGUGUUGCCACCAAACCAUAAGCAGAGGGCCUCCAAUGCCAAACCAGACAGCAGUCCCCUGCUGUUCGUCCCCACUUGACCCCAAAGUGCCUUCCCUCAGGCCUGGGCCAACCUGACCAUGACAGGAGGAGGGUCGAGGUCAGGUCCAUGGCUGAGCGCCCCCUUGGGCCCAUGGUCCAGUCACUCAGGGGCAUGAGUUUCUUUUGCUCUGGGCACAUGAGGCCCAUUUUCUCCUUUUCUCUUCCCCUAAAACCUUGGGUAGAACUUUAGUUAUAGAGAAGACUGGGAAAAAAAAUCAAGUCCACCUCCAUGUGACAAAUGAGGGAACUGAGGCCUCGAGAAGGAAAAUUGCUGAUCUGAUGUACUGCAAGUGGAGUCAUGACCUGACCCAGUGUCCUGCCUCCCGGCUGGGCCCCUUUGCACUUUGCUGUCUUCUCUAAAUCGUGCCCUCCCUCCCCAUCUGGGCUCCCUCUUGCUGCCAUUUGUGUCCUUUCUCCGUGAUCCCCAGGAGAACAGGCAAGGUCCUCAGAGGUGGGACUGGGCCCAGUGACCAAUUGUGUGGCACAGGCUAAGUCACUUCAUCUCUCAGCCUCUGGAAGCUUCCGGCAUGCCAGUCCAGCCUUGCCAGUUUCCCACUCAGGGGUGGGGUCCCCCAGCAUCAGGACUGGAAAUGCACCCACUGAUUCUUGAGGCACUGCCUCUGAUGCUCCCCCAAGAUGUUGAUGUAGUCCUGGAGCCUCCACUGGCGCUGAAUCCAGACAGCCCACACGGCCUGUCUCACCCAACUGAGAACACAGCAGAUGAGGCAGGCAGCUCCCAUCCAAGUUGAUGCUCUCCCACCAGCAUGGCAUCUCGGCCUCCCAGCCAUGGGCUCUUUCCUUAGUCCUCUUUUUAUAUUAUACAAGUUGUUGCCUUUUUAAUGGACUGUCACUUUCAACCAGCCCCCCACCCCUGCUGGCAGGGGAUGGAAAAGUGUCAUUUGUAAGAGAAGAAAAAAAAGUUGCAUUUGCUCACUUUUGUAAUAGUGUGUCCUGGAGAUGUGUGUGGGGGAGGAGGUGUUGGGUGGAAGCCAGCUGUCAAGUGGCGAUGUGAGCACCAGGAAGCUGGUCCCACAGAGAUGCCCACAGGACAAUGAAAGCUCUGUCCACCACGAGCCCACCCAAUACCUAGCUGGUCCUUGGUUUAAUAAACAUAAAGAGUCCCUUUUUCUAUCA